AUGGAGGCAAAAAACCAAUCAGAGCUUUCAGAAUUCAUCAUCCUUGGCUUUAAAAAUCUGCAAGAGGUACACUUCUUGCUGUUCAGUGGAUUCUUGAUCAUCUAUUUAUUCACUGUGCUGUGGAAUACCUUCAUCAUCACCAUGGCCAUAGUGGACCAGAGACUCAGAACUCCCAUGUAUUUCUUCCUUGGAAACCUCUCCUGUCUUGACAUCUGCUACAUCACUACCACCAUCCCCCAAAUGCUGGAUCUCCUUCUGACAGAAAGUAGCACCAUCUCCUACACAGGCUGUGUGCUCCAGCUGUUUUUCUUCUUCUCCUUUGUCGGCAUUGAAUGCCUUCUUUUGGCAGUAAUGGCUUUUGACCGCUAUGUAGCCAUCUGCAACCCAUUGCGCUAUUCAUUGAUUAUCAAAAGGAAUGUUUGCUUGCAGCUGGCUACUGCCUCCUGGGUGGGUGGUUUUCUCAACUCUGCCGUACACACCUAUUUUGCCUUUCAGUUACCCUUCUGUGGAGACAACCGCCUAGAUGCUUUCUAUUGUGACAUUCCUCCAUUGCUGAAAUUGUCAUGUGGGGACAUUUCCCUCAACCAAAAGCUCUUGUUAACCAUUGGGUUGUUCAUAGCUUGGACACCAAUGUUCUGUAUCCUUCUCUCAUAUGUGUACAUAAUUUCAAGUGUUUUGAAAAUACGAUCAACUGAAGGGAGGCAAAAGGCUUUCUCUACCUGCUCUUCUCAUCUUACAGUGGUUCUUCUGUUCUAUGGUAGUUGCAUCUUCACCUAUUUGAGACCCGUUCCCACAGAGUCAUCGGUGAAUACAAAGCUGAUCCCACUGAUGUAUAGCAUAUUGACUCCCUUGUUGAAUCCCAUUAUAUAUACAUUGCGCAACAAAGAUGUGAAGAAAGCUUGGCUAAACAUAAUGGGGAAGAUGUGA